ACAGCAUCCAAAUUUCCUAACAUAUUUAAAGUAUUAUUGUUGAUUCGUAAAGGAUAGGAUGUGACGCAAAACAAAUUCUAUAAAAUGUUGAAUAACUGGGGCAGAUGGCAUAAGUGUUUGUAUAUACUAUAUAUGGGACUGUACAUUUAAGGAAGCUGACAGCCUUGGCCAGCAUUUGCAAGUAAAACCUUGCGGAAGCCACAACUCUUUUGUUCGUCUGAUUUAAACGUAUCUUAAUUUUUCUCUGCUUGUGUAAGGUGUAUUUCUUCAGUCGCCUUAUUGUGUCCGUUUUUCAAUUAAAGAACAAAGAAUCGAAAUUAGCCACAAGGAAGUAUAAAUGAGAGAAACAGAAAUCAGAUUUCUAUUGCCAAAGUCGUCACAGCUUGUAUCACAGUUCGAAUUUGAGCACUUUUAUUCCGCGCGAAGUUUCAAGAGAAACGAUGAGUCUCAAGGCAACACUACUGCUACCUACUUCAUAUUCUCAACGAUCGUUAUUCUUUCAUUUUUCGGUAACCUCAUGGUACUUGGUGUUAUGCUAAUGAAACGUGGCGUAUUUAAGAAGGCCUACAAUAUCUUUAUCUUCAGUUUAGCCUGUACCGACGUCAUCACGGCGAUAUUUCUUAUUUUCAGUCGUUACCUUUACCUUCCCGACAUGCCUGCGAACAAGAUAUCAGCAACGCUGUUCUGCAGUACCAUCUGGAACGCUUGUAUUCUGUUUGGUCUUGGAUACGUUUCUAUCUAUACUUGUCUCGUUCUCGCAAUCGAGCGGUGGUUGGCGAUCGUGAAACCGAACAUAUAUCGAAAGAUGAGGCCGUCUCAAGCCGUAAUUAUUGUCGGGUUUGUCUGGUUUUGGGGCCUUCUAAUCCAAGCCACGACUUUGUUCCGAGCGAAACCCGACUUUGAAAAAGGCACCUGCAAGUGGACUAAACUCAACAUCGGCGAAGGUCCUUUUCCCUACAUCGACAUAACGUUACAAUGUGUUUUACCGUUUACGACAAUUCUUCUCCUUUACCUUCAUAUGUUAUACAAGGUCAAGAAAAUGCCGAAUCUGUUACAGGGACGUGGUGCAGCAAUAUCGAAACGCAUCACGAUUAUCGCUUUGGCUGCGUCAUGCGCACUCGUCAUUGGAUGGUUGCCCAGUCGCGUCAGCUUUAUGCUAAGCAAACUGAACCUGAACGAUGCAAAUGGUCUUCUCCACUUUUGGCUCGUGGCGUUUUCUUUCGCCAAUUCUUUCGUCAAUCCCUUCCUGUAUGGUGUUUACAGUUCAGAAUUUAGACGCGACUAUAAGGCGUUGUUGAGCAAACUCGUUUGUAUCAAAGGAAUGUCAAUUUCACCAAGCUUCGAUGCCUCGACAAAUAAAAGAAAGGGCUCCAUUCGCUUUAGUUUGUCAAAUGCAGACACUUUUGCAAUCGCUCUUGAUACUGAUGUAUGAAACCAAGGUUGUCUUAAAAUUACUUUUUGAAUGUAUAUUAUGAAUGAUAAAAUUGCCUUGUAAAGUAAACGGUUUGAACCCGGGGGUAUCGUUACAUGUUUGUAAAUGUAGAUAGUCCAG